GUGGGUAGGUUGCUGGGCCUCCCUCUCCCCCCAGCCCCUACUCAUGGCAGUGGCCAAGGUCUUUGGGAGCAGACUGCACACACGGUAGGGGCUGGAGUUACCUGUGGAUGGGCUCACGCCGAGCGCAGGUAAUGGUGUAUCUGGAUACGCGUGGGACUGCGUUUCUGUCCCAGCAUGGAGGUGAUCCAGUCGGCCCCUUCGGAGUUUGCUGGUGCUGAAAGACCAUUUAAGAAAGUCCCUGCUAUCCUUUUGGACAGCCUCGUAGAGGAGCCUAGAAAACCAAAUGUUGUCCCCAACCACCUGCUGGAAUCUAAGAUUUAUACAAAACUUCUACAAAACAAGGUCAUACAGGCUGAGCCGGCUGUACUGCAUUAUGGGGGGUAUGAAAUCAACAGGCAUCACCAGCAGACUCUGAAGCUGGUAAAUAUUUCUGGUGAUGUAAUAAACCUUCACAUUAUACCACCCCAGACAAAGUACUUUCACAUCAAAUACAGCAAAACUCAUCGGCUUGUCCCUGGCUUGUCCUUUGCAGUCACAGUUGACUUUUGUCCUGAUGAGUGGCGCUAUUAUUAUGACUGUGUCCGAAUUCACUGUCAGGGAGAUGACACUUUACUUGUUCCCAUACACGCCUACCCUGCUGUGAAUGUUGUAGAAUUCCCCUCCUACAUAAGCUUUUCUGAUGUGCCACUUGGUCAGAGCAAGGAGUAUGCGAUUCCCUUGCAGUGCAGCUGUCCAAUAGAUUUUGAAUUCCACAUUGAUUACAUUCAUCCUCACAAAGCAUUUGCUGUUCAGCCGACAUCAGGAAUAAUUCCAGCCAAUGGGAAAAUGGAAGUUGUCAUAACAUAUUCACCACUUGAGUAUGGAACAGCCCAAAUGAAAAUGCAGUUAUGGAUUUCACAAUUUAACUCUAAGCCGUACACAUGUGUAUUCACAGGAACAUCAACACCCUUUCUGGGCUUACGGAAAGAAGAAUUUCAAAAGCAGAAAAGUGCCUCAGAGAAGAAACCAGGUUCAGCUGGGAAACCAGUGGUGCAGAAAAAAGACCAGUUAAAGCACCCACGACCCAGCGCUUCCCAGAAAGUAAAGGAGAUUGAAUACCAAAACCUGAGAUUCCCGACAGAUCUAUCAAAUCCCCAUGCUGUAGCAACUGUUUUGAUUCAGGAACCUGGCAAAUUAAAGAUUAAAGACUUGAAGGAAGUUCUAUGCCAAGGUAACGAAGGAAUAAAAACAAGACAGAUGAAGGAAGCAGUGUUUGCACAGAAGGUCAAACAAGACAUUCAGGCAGAGGAAUCAAAUCAACUUAAAUGGCAAGUUCAUAAAGGCAAAGAUCCAGUUUCUCUGAAAUGGAAAAGAGAGAUUAUUGAAGAGCGACAAAGAGCGGAAGAACAAUAUAAGAUCAAACGAGGAGAUCCUGUCACUGAGAAGGAGUUUCAGAGGAAUAAAGUGGAAGUUUCUCUCAGGCGUGUGAUCCGCUCUGUUGAACAGUGUCCCAGUGUUCAGCCCAAGUUUGACCUCCUCCUCAAUGACCCUUGGGCCAGCAGACACAGGACUCAGCGGCGGUUUCAACAGACAGCUUGCAAGAUCCUGAUUCAGUGCCGGCUAAAUCGCAUCUUACUUUUGUUUCGUGAACUAGUGAAAGACACCAGAAGGCAAAGGGAUGAGGAAAGCUCCAUAUCAGCAGAAAACAGCAUUUUCAAAGCCUUGAUCACACCUAUGGGUGAGGAGCACGACAGAGUCACUUCCAGCUUGUCUGUGAGUCGCGUAUUACCUUUUGACUUCCCCAUGUGCCAUCCGCCUCAGAGGUCUGAUGAACUGGCUCCUGAUGCUCUUGGCCCAGUUCCUCUCAAGCCUUUAGACAUGAAAAUCAAACAUUCUCAUCCGUUCUACAGUUUGCAGGUUCCUCAGCACUUCAGCAUUAUGAGGUACCAGCCGUUUUGCACACACCAUGCUGCAACAAGUUACAAACCGCAAAAACUUUCCCGACCACUGAAACAGGGAGCCAAGGAUGAACUGAUCACAAUAGUAGCCUCUCCUAAGGCCCAACUUACUCCUACCGCACCUCAGAAAGAUCUUCACAAACAUGAAUCCAUGGCAGAGGGCACGAGCCUUUUAAAACUGGCACCACCCAAAGCCUUACUCCAACCUCCAGACAGUCACCCACUUCGCGUUUUUAAUCCCACUCCAGGGUUGUCAGUUUUUAUGCCGCCUUUGCCCUAUUCAGAAACAAACAUCGAAUAUCACCUUUGCCCUCACCCAAAAUAUCCAGUCACCAAAGAAUGCCCGAAGGGAUCCAGCAUCCCAAUGACACAGAAGAAAUUUCUGCAUCGCAAGGAAGUCAUCCGAGGAGUAAUGAACUGGAGAAGAUUCCUGCCACUGGUGUAUUCUUGGUCUGACACUCCCAAUCUGACAAACCCAGCAAUGUCUUACUGCAGGGAUCCCUACAGUUUAGAUAUGCUUCCAAGUGAGGGACCUCCAAGGCUGGACGAAUUACCUGAGAGGGACAAGGAAAACAUAAUCAACUAUGAGACUGAUGAUGAGACUGAGUUAAGGGUUGUACUCACUCCGGAGAUGGUGAAAGCUGAAUUUCCACAGAUUGAACGCCUACCACAGGAAGAAAACAGAAGUAAGCCAGGGAAAGAAGAAAGUGAUGCGGCCCUGGAUGGCAAACUUACUUACUCCAAUGCAGUGAACAACCCUACUUCUCCUUCUGGAGAAGUGAAAGACUCCCUGGAACUGCAUUCACAAGUUCAGAAUAACAGACUCAGAGAGAGAGUGCAAGCACAGGUGGAAAAAAUGAAGUUGAAAGCCAUCAACAAAGCCCUCAUCCUGGAGUAAGUGUUAUUUCACAGAUUCCACGGCUGUGGAGCAGUUUUUCUUUCACACAAACCUGCUGUAUCUCUGCCCCAACUUAUCACUGCUUCAGACCUCGGGUAUCUGCACAGUGCAGCUAGGAAAAUUAUGUUUAACAAACACAGCAGCUUUCCAUCAGUUCUUCCAGGCUCUGUCCAGGGCACUCACUGUUUAUGCUGAAUAGGAGCUCAAUGAUUUUACUUGCCAGGGUUUCUUCCCUAGGUGCCUAUUCAUUUGGCACUGGAGUUAAGUUUGGGAAAACCACAGCUCUUGCCACCAGCAUGUAAAUAGUUUGUACACACUUUUAUUGUUUGCCAUAUUUUCAGUGGACUUUCCUUGCCACGAACCUUGGUAUUGUUCCAUGCGCUGUCUGAGAGCACCCAUUGCUUUCAAAUAAAACGGGA